AAUAUAUAAAGUCUCUUGGAGGUGACAAUAAUCACCUCCAAUCGAUUUGGAUACUCUCCCAUAUGCCUCUUUCAAUAUCCAUCCUACAAAUCUGUAAACCAUUUCUUUGUAAAUUCGACAAAUUCAUCGAAUUUGGUGGAUCCAUUACCAAGUCCAACGACAAAAAAAGUCAUACCAAAUGACACAAAAUUGAUCAGUCAAGUAGCCAACAAUACAAGAAAGAGGACAGCACGAAUAAUAUAUCAAGAAAACGAAGGAAAACAAAAACAAUUUGUUGAAUCAGCUACUGAAAUACCCGAAAACCAUUUUUCGAAUAAAAGAUCGAAAAGGGUGUCCAUUGAUAUUGAUCUUGAAGAACAACUCAAUCCGUAGAGGUAGAUCAAGAAGUAUACAGCGUAUACACGUGCUGCAUAUAUUGCUAAUAUGAGCAAUAAAGCUGCUGUGAAGUUGGAUGAUGAGCAGUUAGCUGAACUUAGAGAAAUUUUCCGAUCAUUCGACAGAAAUGAUGAUGGGAGUUUGACACAACUCGAGCUCGGCGCAUUAUUGAGGUCACUUGGAUUAAAACCAAGUGCUGAUCAGCUCGAUACAUUGAUUCAAAAAGCUGAUAAGAAUGCUAAUGGCCUAGUUGAGUUCUCAGAGUUCGUAUCCCUUGUUGCACCGGAGCUUCUUCCAGCGAAGUCUCCUUACACGGAGGAGCAGUUGAAGCAGUUGUUUAAGAUGUUUGAUAGAGAUGGAAAUGGUUAUAUUACUGCUGCGGAAUUGGCACAUUCGAUGGCUAAGCUUGGACAUGCUUUGACCGCCGAAGAGCUUACUGGGAUGAUUAAAGAAGCUGAUACCGAUGGAGAUGGAAGGAUCAGUUAUCAGGAGUUCACGCAGGCGAUUACUUCGGCUGCUUUUGAUAACUCUUGGGCUUGAUAUCAGGCCACUAUUCUAAGCAAAGUAGCAUGGAAAUGAGUGUUGUUGACAAAUGAAGGAGGAGAAAUUUCAGAUGCAGAGUUAGUUUUCGAGUGCUUGCAUCUAAAUGUAUUGCUUCUGUCCGGGAUGAUGCAACAUUAUCAUAGUUUAGCAUCCAAUAGAGUGUCUUUUGUCAUGAAAGGUUUUCUUUUUUAUAGUGUAUUUGCCUUUAUGAACUGUUGUAUUUUCUUUAGAUGAAGUAAUGUUUGGGUGA